AUGGGCAGCCCCUGGAACGGCAGCGACGGCUCGGAGGGCCCGCAGGAGCCACCGUGGGCCGCCCUGCCACCCUGCGAUGAGCGCCGAUGCUCGGCCUUCCCCCUGGGGGCGCUGGUGCCGGUGACAGCCGCGUGCCUGGGCCUGUUCGCCAUCGGCGUGAGCGGCAACAUGGUGACAGUGCUGCUGAUCCGGCGUUACCGGGACAUGCGGACCACAACCAACCUGUACCUGGGUAGCAUGGCCGUGUCCGACCUACUCAUCCUGCUUGGGCUUCCCUUCGACCUGUACCGCCUCUGGCGCUCGCGGCCCUGGGUGUUCGGGUCGUUGCUCUGCCGCUUGUCGCUCUACUUGGGCGAGGGCUGCACCUAUGCCACGCUGCUGCACAUGACAGCACUCAGCGUCGAGCGCUACCUGGCCAUCUGUCGUCCUCUCCGUGCCCGCGUCCUUGUCACCCGGCGCCGCGUCCGUGCGCUCAUCGCCGCGCUCUGGGCGGUGGCGCUGCUCUCCGCAGGGCCCUUCUUCUUCCUGGUGGGCGUGGAGCAGGACCCCAGCAUCUUCUCUGCCCCGGACCUAAACGGCACCGCACAGCUCAACCCCUCGCCCCCCGCCUUGCCGCCGCCGUCCCUCGCGUCCACGCGGCCGCCACCAUUGUCCUCGCCAUCGUCCGGCGAGGCUGCCGCGUUGUUCAGUCGCGAGUGCCGGCCGAGCCACGCGCAGCUGGGCGCGCUGCGCACCAUGCUGUGGGUCACCACCGCCUACUUCUUCCUGCUCUUCCUGUGCCUCAGCGUCCUCUAUGGGCGCAUCGGGCGGGAGCUGUGGAAGAGCCGGGGUCCCCUGCGAGGCCCGGCCGCCGUGGGGAGGGAAAGGGGCCACCGGCAGACCGUCCGUGUCCUGCUGGUGGUGGUUCUGGCAUUCAUAGUUUGCUGGUUGCCUUUCCAUGUUGGCAGAAUCAUUUACAUAAACACGGAAGACUCCCGAACGAUGUACUUCUCGCAAUACUUUAAUAUUGUCGCUCUGCAACUUUUCUAUCUCAGGGCAUCCAUCACCCCAAUUCUCUACAACCUUAUUUCCAAGAAGUAUAGAGCAGCUGUCAGUAAAAUGCUGCUGGCAAGACAGUCCAGGCUAAGAAGUUUCUGUGGAAGCCAGGACACUGGGAAGGAUCCCGGGAGGGACACUGGAAGAGACACUGCAGGCUACACAGAGACAAGCCCUAACACAAAGUCAGUGACCUAG